UCCCUGUGCGCGGCAGUUCGGGAGGUGAGGUCAGGCGUUUCCCCUUUGGCUGGCCCCCUUUUUUUUUUUUUUAAAUACCAACAUCGAGUGUUUUUUUUUUUUUUUUCUGCAAGUACUGAAAGGCUUAUUACUCUUGCAUCAGGGCGAUAUUAAACGUUCGGGUGGAUGCACAUAAAUUCGGUGCGUUGAUCAAGGUUUGUGGUGGGGAAAAAAACACGCACAGUGGUGUAUCGAGGAAAAGAGUGAUGGUGGACAAUUCCAGUAGCAGCAAAGCGCAAGUGCCCAGCUUGUCCCAGGACAGCAGUCUGACUGGAGCAUUCUCCCAGGCAGCUUUCGGAAGUUCAGCCGGUGUCAAAUUGGAGGCAGUUAUGGAGCAACUCCAGAGACAACAGCAGGCAAAACUAGAGAUGGAGCGCAAAGAGAGACACUUUAGGGAAGCCCAUAUUCUGUAUGCCCAGCAGCUGGCUGCACAGCAAGCUUCCACCGCACAGCUGGCUGCACAGCUGGCUUCCUCCAGGGCCCAGAGUGCCCCGUUAGCCCUUGAUUUUUACAGCAAAAACUCCAGAGACAGAGCGCUGAAAGGCGGGCAGGGGUCGCAGGCCGCCAGGGGGCCCACGGAAAGCAGCCCUGACCUACACGAGGAGGACACUGCUGAUGAGAUGGACAGGGGAAGAGGGUCUGAAGGGGAUGAAGAUGAUGAUGAUGAGAUGAUGGAUGGAGAUGAUGGCAGUGAAGAUGAGGAAAGCGAAGGCUUGGAGUUCCUCAGGAAGCAGAGCUUUGCUCUUCAGCAAGCAGCCAUCGGGGUGCCUCCGUAUUCAUUCCCCGUGUAUGCCGCCUCACCCUCUGCUGCUAAAAAACGUGCCCGAUCACCAACCACUAAGGUGAAGGAUGAACCUGAUGACUCCCUCACCGAUCAGCAAUCAUCUAACACACCAAACGGACUGGCCGAUUGGAGUCUCGAUGACUCUUUCAAACAGAAUGGGAAUUCAAGUUGGAACGAUGAAGGCGAUGGAGGGAGAAGCCGAGGAGAAGCCUCUAGAGACUUUGCCAAGCUUUAUGAACUGGACAGUGACCCAAAACGGAAGGAGUUUCUGGAUGACUUAUUUGCAUACAUGCAGAAAAGAGGUACACCUGUGAAUCGGAUUCCCAUCAUGGCCAAGCAGGUGCUGGAUCUGUACAUGCUGUAUAAACUGGUGACUGAGAAGGGAGGUCUGGUGGAGGUGAUAAAUAAGAAGAUCUGGAGGGAGAUUACCAAAGGCCUGAACCUGCCCACCUCCAUCACCAGUGCCGCCUUCACCCUCCGCACACAGUAUAUGAAGUACCUGUACCCGUAUGAAUGUGAGAAAAAGGGUCUAAGCUCCCCUGGAGAGCUGCAGGCGGCCAUCGACAGUAACCGUAGGGAGGGUCGUCGUCCCGGCUACAGCAAUAGUCUGUAUCGAUUUUCCACUUCUCCCAGUGCCUCAGCCCCCCACCUCCUCUCUCCUCCAAAAAUGCACCUGCCCGCCACUGGACACAAUGGACUUCAGGCCACCCCCAGUCCUGCCAUGAAGAAAGCUACAGUUCCAGAGGAUGGUCCCGCCUCCAUGCUGCCGGGUCGACUCCCCUUGGCGCUGGCUCUUGGGCAUCAGCAGCAGCUGGCACGUGCUGCCACCCUGGAGCAGCUGAGGGAGAGGCUGGAGACCGGCAUGGGCACUGGGGCAGUGAACACAGGAGCCCCCGCGCUGGAGGGCCCAGAGAGGAAGAUGGCGAGAUUGGCGGAGGAGCAGCAGAGGCUACUGCAGCAGGCUUUCCAACAGAACCUGCUGGCCAUGGCGUCACAGGUAAACCCCACCAACCUGCGAAUGAACAACACCGCCAACACCCACGAGGAAAAGCAGGACCUGUCUCUCAGCAUUUCUUCUAAUGGCUCUGCUAGCAUUACCGUGUCUGUGGAGGUCAACGGGAUAAUUUACUCAGGAUCCUUAUAUGCUCAAAAGUCAUCUGCUGCUGUCCCCACCUCUGCCACAGCCACGCCCACAGGCCACACCUCUACCCUCAGCCCCAGUAUCCCCUCUUCUUCUUCCUCCUCAAAGGGUCCUGACUCUGUGGAACCAGCCACAGGCGGCUCACCCUAACCAUCACCAGCUCCCUGUAACCAAACAACCAAUCAGUCCAGCCUAAGCUACAGUCUUUCCCAUUCUGCCCUCUAUAGGCAGCGUAAUGAAUCACAUUCUGCCUCCCGCACAUAUUGCAGCUGUGUUAUCCUUCUAGUGAAGUACCAGUACACACACUUACAAACUCAACAGCUGUCUAAGCUCAUGGACCCCACCUGCUCUUUUCUACAAGUCUUCCAUGAUGUUUUCUCAGGACUUGAGAGGGUUUUUAAAGUUUGAUUCAACGAAAUACCUCAGUGGUGUUGUGAGUGGACGCUCUCUGGUGUUCAUGCAAUCAUGCCUUUUCACACCCAAAGUUCAGUCACUCACAAACAUCUGCAAAGCAAUCAUGGCUUGAUCGUAACUACUUCUGCCAAAGUCACAUUUGUGAGGUUGUGGUUGACAUUUUGCUGUCUAUUAAUUCUCUUAUUUAAAGUUUGCUGAAUUUACCUUAUCUGCAUUGAAUUUGAAAGACUCAGGAUCGAUUACUAUGAUACUGCUGUGUACUUUGUCUGUUCUGAUGGAUUUUAAAACAUUCUACAAUCCUCAUCAGGUUUUGCAAAGUUGGUUUGGUAUGAAAAGGGGUCACAAUUAUAUAUUUUUCCUUUUUUUAAAAAAAUUAUUUACUUGAUUUUAUUGUUUUCUAUUUCCAUUGGGUUUUUUUUAGUUUCUAGAUACAGAAAUAUUAAUAUGAUUUGAAAAAGUUUCGAGUUUGAAAAUGUAUUUUCCACAGCUGAGAGGUUGUUUUUUUGUUAUUAUUUAGACAUAUUUACAGGCAACAAUUUGGUUGAAAGAUUUUUCUCUACCUCAGACACAAGACAAUGUAUGAUAGAAAAGAAACUGUGGUAACCCAUCCAAGCGGAUGGUGUCCCACAUGUCAAUCAUUUCUGUGCGUUGGACGAUCGUGUACAGGCUCGUGAAUAAGAGCCUUAAUUAAUGUACUAUUCUUUUACUCUGGUGCGCAAAUGACUGCUUCAAACAUACUUAAACCAGGUCACGGCAAAGCAGGAUAACAUUCAGUUCAACAGAGGAUUGAUUGAUUAUUUUUUUAAUGUAUUUUCGAUUGUUGAAACUUCAGACCUCACCUAUCUUUCCAUAUUGGAAAGCAUGUUUCUCAGGAAUUUCUGUUUUUGUUUUUUCGUCAUAAAUUUUAACCUCAGAACCAAAUCUCAGAACAGUCUCGCGUCUGAAAAAUAAACAACACUACAUAUAACGCAGUCAGUGUGGGACUGAAAUAGCUACCUCAAGUCAGAAUUUACAUAGAUAAAGUUUCGACUGCCUGCAGUGCAUCACCGAAUUACCUCCAGAAAUACUGUAGUCCUAUUCUUUGAUGCAAAAAAACAUCUCAGGUUAUGAAUUGGCAAAAUACCUCAGACAGAACAUGAAUACACUGGUGUGAGAUGAGAGUAUUGAUUAUCGAAUGGACUGUCUUCCAAUACUUCCAAAACACUUCCAGUUGAUAUGGCACAAUCCAUGCUGGUCGGACUGGUCAUGAAGAGUUCAUGUACUUUGCUGAUUUAGCCUUGUCAACAAUUAACUUUACAUUUACGAUCCUGCAUUUGCGUGACCCUGGGACCUGCUGGGAUACAGACACCUUUAGAUACUUCUCAUUUCUUUAUUCCUCAGAUAGCUGCAUAGCUGAACACCAAAGACCAUGUGUUUGUUGUUCUCAUUGAUGACCUCGCUGUAUAGACACAUGCAUCUUUACACAAUGAAAUUAAAUUCUGAUCUGA